UGAUAAAGCAAGCCACCAGGUCUGUGAUUGGAACUAUGGUUGGCCAUGUGGGCGUGUCCAGCACCUUAACCACCACGCCACCUGCUGGUCCCCAGAACCAUCUUUUAAAAUAAUCUGGUUGAACUGGAAUUCAUGAGAUUUGUGCUCCCGAAACUACAAUAAUUAAAAAGUACUUUUAAAGUUAGGUUAAAUUAGUCAUGUUUUUUAAAUUUGACUUACUAAUAAAUAUUACUUGGAACAUCUCUAAUUUUUAAUAUGAAUUUAUGCUUUCAGGGCUUAUUGCCUCAAAAUUUUUUGAAAAAAAAAAAAAAAACUUUGGAAGAGACAAAAUGAUACAUAUCUUGUGCUGCUUUCUAAAAUACUUUAAAAAAGUAGCCAAGCCAGUUUGCAUAGGAGGGGGCCUUGGAACUUGAAAUAAGUGUUCCAGGAGGCAUUUAUGGUUUUUAUUGAAGUAUUGAUGUGGAUAUUAGGUUUGUUGGAGAAACUAGGCAUGUACACACACACACCACACUCAUUAAUAUUUUUAAAAUGUAGAAUGUGUCAAGUAAUUUCUUGAUAUCUUUGUUUAGCUUGUAGUUUAAAAAACAUAACCUGUGGGUCCUUUUUAAAGGAAAACAAACCUUGCAGAACCCAAUGGUAUGUCUUCUGAUCCCACUUGUGGAACAGUGAUAUUUAAAUUUAAGUUGCUUUUACAGAAUUAACAGGUCUCCAAGAAAUAAAAAAGGUCGUUAUUGCUCUGGUUUGAGCUCAGCAUGGCUGUAGUCAUCCGUUUACUGGGGCUUCCUUUUAUUGCGGGGCCUGUGGAUGUUCGUCACUUCUUCACGGGAUUGACUAUUCCUGAUGGAGGAGUGCAUAUAAUUGGAGGGGAAGUUGGGGAGGCUUUUAUUAUUUUUGCAACAGAUGAAGAUGCAAGACGUGCCAUAAGUCGUUCAGGAGGGCUUAUCAAGAAUUCAUCUGUAGAACUCUUUCUUAGUAGCAAGGCAGAAAUGCAGAAGACUAUAGAAAUGAAAAGAAGUGGUCACAUAGGAAGAGGGCGACUAGGAUCUGGGGCAUCAGGGGUUGGCAGUCUAUCUAAUUUUAUUGAGGCUAUCAAGGAAGAAACAAGUAAUUCUGGAUAUGGCCCUUCAAUUAAUCAAGAUGCUGGAUUUCAUACUAAUGGAACAGGACAUGGUGAUUUAAGGCCAAGAAAGACAAGGCCACUGAAGGCUGAGAAUCCUUAUUUGUUUCUACGAGGUUUGCCUUACUUAGUGAAUGAAGAUGAUGUACGUGUCUUUUUCUCUGGUUUAUGUGUGGAUGGAGUGAUUUUUUUAAAACAUCAUGAUGGCCGAAAUAAUGGUGAUGCCAUAGUAAAAUUUGCUUCAUGUGUUGAUGCUUCAGGAGGUCUUAAAUGUCACAGAAGUUUUAUGGGUUCAAGAUUUAUAGAAGUAAUGCAAGGCUCAGAACAGCAGUGGAUUGACCUUGGUGGUAAUGCAGUUAAGGAGGGUGAUGUUCCUGUGAGAUCUGAAGAACAGUCUCCAAAAGGAAUUAAUGAUAGACAUUUUCGAAAAUGGUCUCAUUCAAAAUCACCCAGAAGUACACGUUCUCGUUCCCCUCUUGGAUUUUAUGUUCACUUAAAAAAUCUGCCCCUAAGUAUUAACAAAAGAGAUUUAAGAAAUUUCUUUAGAGAUACUGAUCUGGCUAAUGAACAGAUUAGGUUUUUAUAUAAAGAUGAAAGGAGAACAAGAUAUGCCUUUGUGACAUUCAAGACUCUGAAAGACUACAAUACUGCUCUGAGUUUACACAAGACUGUUUUACAGUAUCGUCCAGUUCAUGUUGAUCCAGUUUCUAGAAAACAAAUGCUGAAGUUCAUUGCAUGUUAUGAAAAAAAGAGACCAGGAUCUGUAGAGAAAGAGAGGCCUGGACAUCUUUUACAAAAAUACUCUCAACAGAACUACUCUGGCCAGAAGCUGUGCAUAUAUAUAAGAAAUUUUCCAUUCGAUGUUACAAAAGUUGAAGUGCAGAAGUUUUUUGCGGACUUUUCUCUUGCUGAGGAGGAUAUUUACUUGCUUUAUGAUGACAAAGGAGUCGGUCUGGGAGAAGCAUUGGUAAAAUUUAAAUCAGAAGAACAGGCUGUGAAAGCUGAACGUUUAAACCGACGAAGGUUCUUAGGGACAGAGGUAUUAUUAAGACUUAUAUCUGAGGCACAAAUGCAGGAGUUUGGUGUAAAUUUUCCUUUGACGUCUAGUGAAGAAAUGCAAGCCUCUUCACAGUCAUGUGAUAGAGAUGACCCUUCCCAUUCAUUUGAAUCAAAAGACCCACUAGUAUACCCAUUUGGUUCUUCUGAAAACUUUAGACAUCACCUAGAGGACUUUAGGCAACUGGAUAACUUUAAUCAUCCCCUCGAGGAUUUCCGACACCCUGAUAGGUGCCUUCCAGAAGACUUUAGGCACUCCCCUGAGGACUUCAGAUUCCCUUCAGAGGACUUCAGACAUUCCUCGGAGGACUUCAGGUUUCCUCCAGAGGACUUCAGGCGCUCCCCGGAGGAUUUGAGGCACCCUCGGGAGGAGCACUUCAGACGACCUUCUGAGGAGGACUUUAGACACCUAGAAGAGGAUUUUAGGCACCCUUUGGAUGAUGGUUUCAGGCACCCUAGGGAGGAGGACUGGAGAUGGCAUUUUGAGGAGGACUGGCCUCGGCCACUGGAGAAGGAUUUCAGGCAGUUCCCUGAUGGAGAUUUUAGACAGCCACCUGAGGAGGAUUGGAGGCGGCCACCCGAGGAGGAUUGGAGGCGGCCACCGGAGGAGGGCUGGAGGCGGCCACUGGAGGAGGGCUGGAGGCAGCCGUCUGAAGAAGACUUCAGAGAGUUCCCAGAGGAGGACUUCAGGCAGGCCCCUGAAGAAGAUUUCAGGCAUUCCCCUGAAGAGGACUUCAGGCGAUCACCCCCAGAGCAUCUCAGGAGGCCACCCCCAGAACAUCUCAGGAGGCCACCCCCUGAGCACCUUAGAAGGCCACCCCCAGAGCAUCUCAGGCGGCCUCCCCCAGAGCAUCUCAGGAGACCACCCCCGGAGCAUCUCAGGCGGCCCCCAGAGCACUUCAGGCGGCUCCCCCCGGAGCACUUGAGGAGGCCACCCCCCAUGCACUUCAGGAGGCCACCCGAGGAACAUUUCAGGAGGCCACCCCCAGAACAUUUCAGGCACUCCCAAGAGGAAGACUUCAGGUACCCGCCAGAAGAAGACUUCAGGGGCCCUCUAGAUGAAGACUUUAGGCAACCUCCUGAUGAAGACUUUAGGAGUCCCCAGGAAGAAGAUUUUAGAUGCGUUUCUGAUGAGGACUUCAGGCAGCUCCCUGAGGAAGACCUCAGAGAAGCUCCGGAGGAGGACCCAAGACUGCCUGACAAUUUUGGACCUCCCAGUGAAAAUUUUAAGAGUCCACCUGAUGAUUUUAGAAGUCAUCGCCCUUUGGUGAAUUUUGGUCGCCCAGAAGGUGGCAAGUUUGACUUUGGAAAGCGUAACAUGGGAAAUUUUCCCGAGGGGAGAUUUAUGCCUGAUCCCAAAUUAAAUUGUGGUUCAGGUAGAUUAACACCUAUCAAGAUAAUGAAUCUUCCAUUUAAAGCUAAUGUUAAUGAAAUUUUAGACUUUUUCCAUGGCUAUAGAAUCGUACCUGAUUCAGUUUCAAUACAGUAUAAUGACCAAGGAUUACCUACAGGAGAAGCCAUUGUUGCUAUGAUAAACUAUAAUGAAGCUAUGGCUGCUAUUAAAGAUCUAAAUGAUAGGCCUGUUGGCCCCCGCAAAGUUAAGUUAAUUUUGCUUUAGACAGCCUUUCUGAAUUCAGAGUUACCUUCCCACAGUAUUGAUGCGUAAAAUGCAUUUGGUUUUAAAAGUGUUUAUUUCUAAUUAUCUAAUGAAAAGAAUCAUUUUGAUUUUGACUGUGAAAUAGAACAAAUGUAAAUAGUAGAAUGUGAAUCUGGUUUUUCUUUCGCUUGCAAAUUACCGUUCAUUUUCUAAUUUAAAAUUAUAUAUGCUUUUUUUUUUUUUGACAGAAGAAAGAAAACUUAAUUCCUUGAGCACAUUAGUUUUUGUUGAUGUCAUGGGUAAACCUCAAGACUUGUGUAAAUUUAUUGUUGUAUUUGGGGGAAGACAAAUUUUACAUUCACUUUUAUUUCAUUCUGUAGUGUACAUCUUUUACUCAAACUGUAUAAGGAGAUGGUUAGUAACUGUUCAGGUUUGGCAUUUUCAUUGGUACCCGCCUGCAGAAUUCUUGUCUUCCUCCUCCUCUAUUACUGUCUUAAGUCUCUUGUUAAUUACAAUUAGAUCAAAAUGGACAGACUGUGAGCUUGAUAUUUACUUGUGUAAAAAGCUUAGGGAAUUCUUUUCAUGUUCAUAACUUUACAAAGUUUUAUAAAAAUAAAACAUUGCAACUGAAUAGUACACCUAAUUAACUUGUAUUUGUAUAAAAAAGAAUUUUAAGUUUGGGAUUGUGAAGUUUUGCAACAGCCAUAUUAAACAAUAUGGAAGAGACCAAACAUUCUAUAAUAAUAAUGUAUAGUGGUAUACUGUGAUUUCUUCAACCUCUUAUUUACCCAUUUGAUAAGAUUAGCACAAAAUAUUCAAAAGACAAUAAAAUAAUAUAGUGCAAGGGAACUCUCAAGCUUAUGCUGAGAAGACUGACAAAUACAGUUUGUUUUUCUAGGACAAUUUACUGAAAAAAAUAUACAACUUGUGUGUUUUAUUAGGUUCUCAUUUUUUCUUCAAAACUUUGUAUCCAUUUAAAGACUCCGUAACUAAGUAUAAUAACACUAUGAGAUGGAAUUUUGACUACUGUGAUAUUCAACAUUUAGUGUAGUUUGCAAGUGAAUUUGAUUUUUUAUAUUCAUAACAAUAUUAAUAGCUAACAUUUGUUGGACACUUAUUAUGUGCUCAGUAGGCAUAGUCUCAAUAUCCCCUUCUAAGUGCAGAGUUUAUUAUUUGCCUGUAUUUCACAAAUGAGAUAAAGAGUUUAAAGAAGUUAAUGAAUUUGUCUAAAGUUAGUUUGUAAACCAUAGAGGCGGUUUUAACCUAGACAGAUCA